CACUUACGCAGAACGCCGGCGCAGCUUUAUGAUGUCAUCAAGUCGCUGUUAUGAGACGUGGUUAUUUUUAUAAAGAAUCUCUGCUCAACGUUUGUUUGGAGAGCUGAGAGCUGCUCUACUGGCAGCUUUACUUUGGCUGAUUCAAAAAGAAGAAAUACUGUCUGUUAAUGAGUUUAUACUAGCUGAAACAGCAUGUUUCCGGCCAGCAGAUAUUCUUGUCAAGCCCGCAGGUGUAUCAGGGCAUUGAAAAUAGUACAGGCAGAACAUAUUACCCCUCAGCUGUACACAGCACUACACAGAAGAACGUGCUCUUCAGUGUCAACAUCCCGCAUCACAACACACUACACUAUCCACCCUCGGGACAAAGAUCCAAGAUGGGAAGGAGUUGAAAUGGACCGGUUUGUCGAUGAGGCAGAUGUGGUGAUAGUAGGUGGGGGUCCUGCUGGUCUUUCAGCAGCCAUACGUCUGAAGCAGCUAGCCAAUAAACAUGAGAAAGAGCUGCGAGUGUGCCUUGUGGAGAAGGCCUCUCAGAUUGGGGCGCACACACUAUCAGGAGCCUGUCUGGAGCCCACUGCAGUCUUUGAGCUCUUUCCUGAUUGGAAGGAACGAGGGGCACCUCUGAACACUUCAGUGACUGAAGAUGUGUUUAGCAUUUUAACAGAGACACGCAGAAUCCCUGUCCCCAUGUUGCCAGGUUUGCCCAUGAGAAACCAUGGUAACUACAUUGUGAAGUUGGGGAACGUUGUGCGCUGGCUGGGAGAGCAGGCGGAGGAGCUUGGAGUGGAGUUGUACCCUGGUUAUGCUGCAGCUGAGGUUUUGUUUCAUGAUGAUGGAAGCGUAAAAGGAAUUGCCACCAAUGAUGUAGGCAUUGCCAAGGAUGGCUCACCGAAGGAUGUUUUUGAGAGGGGAAUGGAGCUCCAUGCUAAAAUCACUUUAUUUGGAGAGGGCUGUCAUGGCCAUUUGGCCAAGCAACUUUACAAGCACUUUAACCUACGUGAGAACUGUGAACCCCAGACUUAUGCCAUCGGCCUGAAGGAGUUGUGGAUGAUAGAUGAGAAAAAGUGGAGGCCAGGCAGAGUGGAGCAUUCUGUGGGUUGGCCUCUGAACAGGAACACAUAUGGAGGAUCCUUUCUCUAUCACCUGAACGAAGGAGAGCCACUAGUGGCCUUGGGUUUUGUGGUAGGUCUUGACUACACCAACCCUUACCUAAAUCCCUUCAGAGAGUUCCAGCGCUGGAAACACCAUCCGUUUGUAGCUCGCACUCUGGAGGGAGGCCACAGGAUUGGAUAUGGAGCCAGGGCCCUGAACGAGGGAGGAUUUCAGUCGAUCCCAAAGCUGACUUUCCCUGGAGGGCUGCUGAUCGGCUGCAGCCCUGGAUUCAUGAACGUCCCAAAGAUCAAAGGUACCCACACAGCUAUGAAGAGCGGCAUGCUGGCUGCUGAGGCUGUUUUCCCCAAAGUCACAGCAGAGAGUGUGGAUUCAGAGACAGCAGGACUCCAUGUUCCUGAGUAUGCUGAGGCCUUGAAGAAUUCAUGGGUGUGGAAGGAGCUGUACGCAGUGAGAAACAUCAGGCCGUCAUUCCACAAUUACUUUGGCCUGUAAGGUGGCAUGAUCUAUACUGGGAUUUUCUACUGGAUCUUUUUUUAACACAGCGGUCUUGAUGCAGACCAGCUGAAGCCAGCUAAAGAUUGCACACCAAUUGAGUAUCCUAAGCCUGAUGGAAAGAUCAGCUUUGACCUGCUCUCCUCUGUGGCGCUGAGCGGAACCAACCAUGAGGGGGACCAGCCCCCGCAUCUAACCCUAAAGAAUGACGAUGUCCCAGUCUCCAGGAACCUCGCCAUAUACGACGGGCCUGAGCAACGCUUCUGCCCAGCAGGUGUCUACGAGUAUGUUCCUCUGGAAACAGGAGAUGGGAUGAGGUUGCAGAUAAACGCUCAGAACUGUGUACACUGUAAGACCUGUGAUAUUAAGGACCCGAGCCAAAACAUCAACUGGGUUGUGCCCGAAGGCGGUGGUGGACCAGCCUACAACGGACUGUAAACCGCUUAUUUCAUUUUAUUUUAACCUCUGUCUUAAAAUAAGACUGUAACGGACAAUGACAUGUUCCGUGGCUAAUGUGCCCAAAUAUGGAAGUGGGAAAAAUGUAGCUGUUUUAAGUGUAACGAAUCUUUUUUUUUUUAAGUAAGGGUAAUAAAAGAAACCAGCAUUACAUUAGAGUGGAACAAGGUUAUGCAACCCAUUCAGAAUACAGGACCUGCUGUAAUAUCCACAAAAUGGGGAUUUAAAAACUGUUAAUAAUUUGAC